UAUAUCAAAGGGGUAUGGCCACCCAUAACUGCACCUACCACUAUCAUAAAGCUCCAACGAUUUAAUUGCACCACAAUCUCAAUUCCAUGUCCAACAUUGAACUUGAGUCCGACUCAUACGACGUCGUAGUCAUCGGCACUGGCAUCGCUGAGAGUAUCGCCGCAGCCGCCCUCGCGAAAGCUGGCAAGACCGUUCUGCACCUCGAUCCAAACGAAUAUUACGGAGGAGAACAAGCUAGUUUGACACUAGACGAGCUCGUUGAGUGGUCCACCACACGCGUAGAGUCUUCUUCAGCGGCAGUGUCAUACACACAUGCGUCGACAUCCGUCGUUACGCCUACUCUGCAAAAUGAUCGACGACGAUAUGCCUUGUCGCUUUUUCCCGCCAUCCUGCCCUCUCGAGGACCUCUAAUCGACGUGCUCAUUUCGUCAGAUGUCAGUAAAUAUGUUUCCUUCAAACUUCUGGACUCGGUAAAUAUAUGGGAUGAAGAUUGUGCUGGGGCAAGGAAGGUUCCCGGAAGCAAGGAAGAAAUUUUCAAAGACAAGAGCGUGUCCUUGAUGGACAAGAGAAAAUUGAUGAAGUUUUUCAUGUUUGCUGCAGGAGAAUUUGAGCAUAAUGAUAUUAUUCGAGGCAAAGAGACGCAGCCCCUCCUGGGUUUCCUGCAGGAUUCCUUUGCCCUUCCAACAGGUCUUGCGCUUUCGAUAGCGUACGCCAUCGCCCAUUGCACAUCACCAGAAGACCAAACGCUACCUGCAUUAAUGAAGACAAGGAGGUAUCUCAAGUCAUUAGGGCGAUAUGGGUCCUCCGCUUUUCUUGUGGGACAAUACGGAGGAGCAGGGGAAAUAGCCCAGGGAUUUUGCCGUGGUUGUGCUGUUUAUGGGGGUACUUAUGUUCUAGGUCAAUUCGGCAAGCCGACAUUGAUCGAUGCGAACGACGACGACGUGACUCUCAGUCUCCCAUGCCAUCCUCGACCUGUCACAGCCAAGCAUCUGAUAUCUUCUUCAAACCAUCUUCCACCAUCACUUCUUAUUCCUAAAUCAGAGCCGUCAAAAAGGACUAUAACGGCCCAUAGCAUUGCGAUCAUUUCUUCGUUACCGAAAGUUUUGCAGCGCCAAUUACCAUCUGCAGAUGAUGAAAAUGGAAGAAGUCAAUUACCCGAAGAAAAUGAUGACACAGGGCUAAUCGUCUUCCCACCUGAGAAUGGUAAUCCGACUGUCAGGUGUUUGAUAAACGGUGAAGGAACAGGAAGUUGCCCGUCUGGACAAUACAUUCUUUAUUUCAGCUGUCCGGCAUCGACCGCAUCAUCACCAUCUAAUCUUCUCAAACCAUACUUGCAGCGAAUCACUUCCGAACCACUCUUUGAAUCUUAUUACGUAUCCACCCGAGCGACGUCAUCUUAUUCCGCAUCGUCUCCGAAGGUCAUCAUUGUAACGCCUUUUUAUAGAGAUGACUUGAUCACGGAAGGAUUAGACUGGGAGGUAAAGGAGGCUGAGAAAGCAUAUUACUCAGUGGUGGGUCAAGAUGGAGUACCUUUCUUUGAUGUGACAGAGAGCGAAGCAGAUGAAAUGGGUAUCUUUGAGGAUCAUUGAGUACCAUGAUCGUAUAUGCAUGUAAUUGAAUCACUCAUGGCCCAUGUAAGAAACA